AAAUAAGUAGGAACCAUAAUUCCAAAGAAUUCUUAGACACAUAAGGGCAACAUAUGGUCCUUUAAAAAUAUAUAGAUGAGCAAUUCUUUUAGAGUAGGUUGAAAGGGACUGAAAGAAAAAAAUCCAGAUGCCAUUUGAUUUCAGUGAGAGAGGAGUCUAAAAAGCAUUGCUUUGACUUAAUAGAUCUUUUCGGAGAGGUAUAUGACAUCUCUAUGUCUUCAUUUCCUUCUCUAUAAAGUUUUGUGGGUGUUUUGUUUUUGCUUUUGUCGUUGUUGUGUGUUUGUUUGUUUUUGCCUCAGCCUCCUGAGGAGCUGAGACUAUAGGUGCAUGCCAGCAUGCCUGGCUAAUUUUUGUAAUUUUAGUAGAGAUGGGGUUUCACUGUGUUGGCCAAGAUGGUCUUGAACCCCUGACCUCAAGUAAUCCACCUGCCUUGGCCUCCCGAAAUGCUGGGGUUAUAGGCAUGAGCCGGUGAGCCUGAUCUUCCUUCUUUUCUUUAAAAUGUUAAUACCUAUUUCUGUGAUUGCUUGAGACUGGGCAUAUGUAAAUUUCUUUGUGCAUAUAAUAGAAACUCAGGAAAUAUGACACCCCGUUUCCUCCCCACUCUGUUACCUUCCAUCAUCUCAAUCUCUUGAUCCAAGUGACCAUCCUGCUAGGGAAUAAAAAUCUCAAUGAAAUAAAAUAAUAACAUGUAUUUCUUCUGUAGUAAUUGACCUUUCGAUCUAAAAGAACAUAAGAAUUUGGAAGAAAAAGUAAAAACUGAAAUAGAUGGUUCCUUCCACUUCUAUUUGUUUCUGAGCUGCUUCUAGUGGCCAAAUGUUUUCUUGGUAGCAUAUUCCCUCCAGCAGAACCUUCCAGAAUGCUUCAGUCCAGUGAAGAGAAGGACAGCAGGCUUUCUAAUCACACGGUGUUGCUUGCUGAGGGGGAAGGCAGAGGUCUGCCUGUAUAAUCCGAUUUCAUCAACUCACACUAAUCACUACUGAUAGUAGCAAAAUUUAGCCUGGAUCUGCGCUGUUAAUCUAGAUUGACAGGAGGUAAAAGGAGAGGAACGCAAGGGCGCAGGAACAAAGGGCGGAGCAUCAGCACUGAUUUCUAGCCUUGAUCUUCCAUCUGGGGCUUCUAAUUUGCUCCCCUUUGGGGCUUCUAUUUUUCUUACCUUAUGCACAAAUGUCCCCGGUUGUUAGGAUACCAGCCUUUCACAGAGCGGUUUCAUCAACAACAGGUGCACAGUGAGCUUCUGGGGCUGCAGGGAGAGCAAUAACCUACGUGCUGAGGCUGCGCAGAAGGUACUUACAGGUAUUCAUUGUACCUGAGACUAUGUAUUAUUUAUUGAAACUGAGCCCUGAAUUAUCUUUAUCCUCUGAGCAGCACUAGUGCCUCCUAAAAUGGAUGCCAACAGCAGCUAAUCUACAAGGGCUCCUACCUGCUCCUUGCUCUCAUUAUUUUUCUUAAGAGUAGUUGUAAGUGGUAGCUACCAAGCUUCUGAUUAGAGCUGGGAGAGUCUUUGGGAAUUGUAAUUGAACAGCUGGGAGAGGAACACCUCUGUGAUUUUGGACAUUUCCACGUGGACUCAAGUUUUAAUUUUUUUAAGGGACUACUCCACUUUGGAUAUUGUGGCUCUACAGAAGAUAGCAUGGUGCAGGUUCUGCCUCUAUAGACUGUGUGAUUACAGUAGCAGUCUGUGAUGUGCGUGUUCACAUGCUUCAUGCACACAAGGAAGAUGGGCUACGGGAAGGUUACUUUCGCUGUUACUUAUGAUACCUUUGUCUGGCAAACCAGAGAACUUUUUGCAUUUGGGUAACAAAGACAUUUGGAAUAUACUCCAUUGGAUUUUCCAUGCUGGUGAAGCUAUUGUGGACGGCUUCAUUACUGUAUGCUGCCAUGCCAAAAUCACCUAAGGGCAAAAAUGUCUCCUGGGGUUCGGCAGACUCCUACACUAGCCGUCCAUCCGAUUCCGAUGUAUCUCUGGAGGAGGACCGGGAGGCAGUGCGCAGAGAAGCAGAGCGGCAGGCCCAGGCACAGUUGGAAAAAGCAAAGACAAAGCCCGUUGCCUUUGCAGUUCGGACAAAUGUCAGCUACAGCGCAGCCCAUGAAGAUGACGUUCCGGUGCCUGGCAUGGCCAUUUCCUUCGAAGCAAAAGAUUUUCUGCAUGUUAAGGAAAAAUUUAACAAUGACUGGUGGAUAGGGCGUUUGGUCAAAGAAGGCUGUGAAAUCGGAUUCAUUCCAAGCCCAGUCAAACUAGAAAACAUGAGGCUGCAGCAUGAACAGAGAGCCAAGCAAGGGAAAUUCUACUCCAGUAAAUCAGGAGGAAAUUCAUCAUCCAGUUUGGGUGACAUAGUACCUAGUUCCAGAAAAUCGACACCUCCAUCAUCUGCUAUAGACAUAGAUGCUACUGGCUUAGAUGCAGAAGAAAAUGAUAUUCCAGCAAACCACCGCUCCCCUAAACCCAGUGCAAACAGUGUAACGUCACCCCACUCCAAAGAGAAAAGAAUGCCCUUCUUUAAGAAGACAGAGCACACUCCUCCGUAUGAUGUGGUACCUUCCAUGCGACCGGUGGUCCUGGUGGGCCCUUCUCUGAAGGGCUAUGAGGUCACAGAUAUGAUGCAAAAAGCGUUGUUUGAUUUUUUAAAACACAGAUUUGAAGGGCGGAUAUCCAUCACAAGGGUCACUGCUGACAUCUCACUUGCCAAACGCUCAGUAUUAAACAAUCCCAGUAAGCACGCAAUAAUAGAAAGAUCGAACACAAGGUCAAGCUUAGCGGAAGUUCAGAGUGAAAUUGAAAGGAUUUUUGAACUUGCAAGAACAUUGCAAUUAGUGGUCCUUGAUGCAGAUACGAUUAAUCAUCCAGCUCAACUCAGUAAAACCUCCUUGGCCCCUAUUAUUGUAUAUGUAAAGAUUUCUUCUCCUAAGGUUUUACAAAGGUUAAUAAAAUCUCGAGGGAAAUCUCAAGCUAAACACCUCAACGUCCAGAUGGUUGCAGCUGAUAAACUGGCUCAGUGUCCUCCAGAGUUGUUCGAUGUGAUCUUGGAUGAGAACCAGCUUGAGGAUGCCUGUGAGCACCUUGCCGACUAUCUGGAGGCCUACUGGAAGGCCACCCAUCCUCCCAGCAGCAGCCUCCCCAACCCUCUCCUUAGCCGUACAUUAGCCACUUCAAGUCUGCCUCUUAGCCCUACCCUAGCCUCUAAUUCACAGGGUUCUCAAGGUGAUCAAAGGACUGAUCGCUCCGCUCCUAUCCGUUCUGCUUCCCAAGCUGAAGAAGAACCUAGCAUGGAACUGGUCAAGAAAUCCCAGCACCGUUCUUCCUCCUCAGCCCCACACCACAACCAUCGCAGUGGGACAAAUCGCGGCCUCUCCAGGCAAGAGACAUUUGACUCAGAAACCCAGGAGAGUCGAGACUCAGCCUACGUGGAGCCAAAGGAAGAUUAUUCCCAUGACCACGUGGACCACUAUGCCUCACACCGUGAGCAUAACCACAGAGAUGAGACCCAUGGGAGCACUGACCACAGACACAGGGAGUCUCGGCACCGUUGCCGGGACGUGGAUCGAGAGCAGGACCACAACGAGUGCAACAAACAGCGCAGCCGUCAUAAAUCCAAGGAUCGCUACUGUGAAAAGGAUGGAGAAGUGAUAUCCAGAAAACGGAAUGAGGCUGGGGAGUGGAACAGGGAUGUUUACAUCCGCCAAUGACUUUUGCCCUUUUGUGUGUGUGUGUGUUUUUUAAGUGUUUGGGGUCUACAUUGCAAUCAUAUGUGAUCUGUCUUGUAAUAUUUUGUAUUGCUGUUGCUUGAAUAGCAAUAGCAUGAAUAGAGUAUUAAGACACAUUUUUUUUUUCUUUUGUAAGUGCUACAUAAAUUGGCCUGGUAUGGCUGCAGUUCUCCAGUUGUAUACUGGACUCUUCAAAAACUGUUUUGGGUAGCUGCCACUUGAACAAAAUCUGUUGCCACCCAGGUGAUGUUAGUGUUCAAAGAAAUCUAGUUGAUGUAUCCAACAAGCCAGAAUCAGCACAGAUAAAAAGUGGAAUUUCUCGUUUAUCCAGAUUUUUAAUAUGCAGGCACCUGAUUUGCAUUUUCAUUCAUGGACCACUGUUUCUUGCUUGUACCUCUGGCUGACUAAAUUUGGGAACAGAUUCAGUCUUGCCUUACACAAAGGGGAUCAUAAAGUUAGAAUCUAUUUUCUAUGUACUAGUACUGUGUACUGUAUAGACAGUUUGUAAAUGUUAUUUCUGCAAACACCUUCUUACAUAUAAUAUAUAUAUAUAUAUAUCAGUUUGAUCACACUAUUUUAGAGUCUUAAUGCCAAGUCAGCAGAUUUGCUUUAUGAAUUACAGGGACUAGAAAUGCCACAUUCAGGAAAUUUGUAAUAACAUUGUCUACUCACCUAUCCUCAUUCUAGUAGAAAGUCUGUACAUACUGUAAAUAUGUGUGACUUGAAAAGGUUUGAAUUCUGAAUGUCAUACCAUUCUUGAAAGUUUGUAAUUUUCACCAUAAAUUAUGGUAAACAUAAAACUCCAGAGGUGGUUGUCCUCCCUACAGUUCACACUGAUUGUGACACAUUCUUAGUAGCUAGUGUCUGUUCUAGUCACUGCACUGGAGUCUAUGAGCCGGAACUCGCUAUAUGCACGUGUGUGUGUCCAUAUGUAAGAGUGUGCACAAGUGACGGAAUGGCUGAGAUAAAUUGGAAUGCUGAAGACUAGCGGAGAAACUAGAGACUGAUAUCGAGCAUUCUGUCCACCUGGCUCUGUAUUUAAUUGUGCUAUAUAUGUUGCUUUAAUAACCCAUUGAGCAGUCAGGGAAUGUGAGUAAGCUUGCUGCCAAAGGUAACUAGGAAAGCAUUCAUCUGCUGCCUCCUUGUUUUUGCUCCUAGAGAGUAAAAAUACAGGCAAUUUUACUGUGAGUGUUUCACUGGAAAUAUAUAAUCUGUGUGUGUUAGAGUAUUUGUUUGAGUAAGAAACGUUUACACAGCUUGUGGAAUUAUUUCGUGGGAAAAUAAAUUUUUAUAACUUCUCCCACUUCAUUUUCUAACCUUGCCUACCAUUGCUGUUGUUUAUCUCCCAGUUACCUCUCACUCCUCCCCACCACCAACUCAGCAGGUUCACCGUCUGUCAGAACCCAGAAGUGCUUCUUAUAACCAAAGUUUCUGUUCUUCAGAAGUAAUCAGGGCAAAAAUGGGGUGACUUAAAGUGAAUAGAAUGUUAGUAUUAUCCUACAUAAGACAUCUACUCUGAAAGGGAAUCCUGAAGGCCUUAUCUCCAUGCCUCAAUUACACUGCUCUAAGACGCUUAAAAUGUCAUCAUAUUUAAGGCUAAGACCUUUUCUGUGUCUCAAGUGUCUGUUUUGUCCAAUUAUAACUGGAUAAGACAGUAUUAGGAGUGCAAGUAGCUGGCACUUGAAAUUUGUCCCUGGAAAAUGCCUGUCUAAAAUUAUCUAACUUCAGAUCUGCACAUGACCUUAUGUAACAAAAUAAUCGGCCAGGUGUGGUGGACCAUACCUGUAAUCCCACACUGUGGGAGGCUGAGACCAGUGGAUCACCUGAGGUCAGGAGUUCAAGACCAGCCUGGCCAACGUGAUGAAACCCCAUCUCUACUAAAAAUAUCAUAAAUUAGCAGGGUGUGGUAGGGUGCACACCUAUAAUCCCAGCUACACAGGAGGCUAAGGCAGGAGAAUCGCUUGAACCCAGGAGGCAGAGGCUGCAGUGAGCCAAGAUCAUGCCACUGUACUCCAGCCUGGGAGACAGAAUGAGACUCCACCUCAAAACAGAAACCAACUAUUUAACAAAAUAAUAGUUAUAAAAUAAUCUUUGUUUUGCUUCCUUGAUUACUCCAAGUUCUUGCCAAAUAUGCCUAGAUUUUUACAAGUAAAACCGUUUUACAUUUAACUCCUUAUUUCCCUUACCCCCAAGAAAAUUCAGUAUUAAAAAUGAUUAAGCUGGGGUGGUAGAGUGUACCUGUAGACUCAGCUACUUCGAAGGCUGAAGCAGGAGGAUCCCUUGAGCCCAGGAGGUGGAGGCUGCAGUGAGCCGUGAUUGCACCACUGCACUCCAGGCUGCUGACAACCUGGUAUCUGAAAAAGAAAAUAAAAAUUAGUUACAUAUAUAAUGUUUUAUCAGCUUACAUAUAAAUAAUUUCCCUCAAUUUGUUAAUUAGCUCUAUACUGUUUACAUGAAUUUAUUUAUUGAAUAUAGAAACAGUCUUAAUAAACUUGAUAGGAGACCAUAUUCUAAUUAAAAUUGCUUUUAUAAAAUAUUUGAUAAAACUUUUGUCAUGGUAAGACAUUCACAAUUACUAGUUCAAUCCUUUCUUGCUAUUUCAUCCCAGUUAAUGAUUUUGGAAUAAAUUCUUAAACACAGCUGGUAUUUAUGAUACUUGCUAUCACUAAUCCCUUUCAAAGAGUAAUGGUGAGAGUUGCCAUCUUUUUUAUUUUGUACCUGGAUUCUUAGCUUGCACUUUACUGUGGAACGUAUUAGUGCAAAUCAGAAAUUUCUCAAAAAACUAGCUUGAAAGAUUUGACAUAACAGCAUCUAUACGUGAAAACUGUUUAGUGGGCAUAUGUGUCAACUGUGUAGUAAAUUUGUAAAUGAAAAAAUGAUCCCAAGGGCACUGGGAUAUUUACUGACCUGUGGAAAGUAAAAUUAUAAUCUCUUCACACAACAAAAGCUUAAUCUUAACCUACUCAGUUAUAGAACCAUGAUUUUUGUAGUCAACCUAGGAAAUGCUGGAAAUGUAUUUAAUAGUUCAUUUCUUUGUUUUGAUCAUACCCAUUUCAGUCUUUCCUAUGCUCUUUCUCCACUGCUCAUUUAAGUUACUGUUACAAAAAGGUGCUGCUAAAUGUAGGAUGUCUUAGUCAUGUUGUAUUUUGGGACAAUGCCACAUUUUUAACAUGGUCUGCUAUGCAUUCCUGUUAAAGCAACAUUCACUGUCAGCUACACUGAACUGUCUAACAAACCUGGUUUAAAGUAAUUCAUAUAAAACAAAUAAAGAGCUGGCUUCUGCACUGUU